AUGUGUAGCAGAGGGCACUGGAGACCAGCUGAAGAUGAGAAGCUUCGUGAAUUGGUCGAACGAUAUGGACCGCAUAACUGGAAUGCCAUAGCUGAAAAGCUACAGGGAAGAUCAGGGAAGAGUUGUAGGUUGAGGUGGUUCAAUCAGUUGGAUCCAAGAAUUAACCGAAGCCCUUUCACAGAAGAGGAAGAAGAGAGGCUUCUUGCUUGUCAUCGGAUUCAUGGGAAUCGAUGGGCUAUAAUUGCUCGGUUCUUCCCCGGUCGUACUGAUAAUGCGGUGAAGAAUCAUUGGCAUGUUAUCAUGGCUCGAAAAUGGAGAGAAAGGUCGAAAAUUUACGCCAAAAGGGCAGCACAAGCUUUGAGAAAUGAUCAAAAGCCCUCGUCAAAUCAAGAUAUCCCAUUUUUCAGUGGCAAAAGUUUGAGCUUUAAUCCUUUUGUAGAGAAAUAUUCUCAGAGAUUCGAGUGCCCUUUACACCAGAAGGAGCUUCAUUCGGACAAUAUGGUUCAUCACAAGAAGAUAGAUGAAGAUAGAAGAAAACCAGCAAUAGAGUUCUACGACUUUCUUCAAGUGAAUAACCAUAACUCGAACCGAAGUGAAAUAAUAGCCCAUGCGAAAAAGUUAGACGACGACGACGUGGAGCAGGAACUUGCAGCAGUUCAAAAUCAAACAAAGGAGGCUGCUGCUGCUACUGCUGUACAGUUUAUAAAUUUUCUAUCAGUUCAGAGAGACUCUUAA